AGGAAUGAUGUUCUUGCAUGCUGGAUUCGUUUCCUCCUUUUCGAGUCAUAUAAACUGAUUUUCGUCCUAUUUGUAGAGGCCUGCUGUAACUUCAUCGAUAAGGGUCAGCUGGGAAAAUGGGACAGUGGUGGAGCAAGUUCUUGCAGUUCUUCAAGUGUCGUAAAGGAGAAGGCACGAAGGAUCAACAGGCGUUGUGUCCGGAACACACGAGCAAAAACGUUCACCAUAUAACUACCAAACAGAGCUGGGAGGAAAAACUAACAGAGGCAACUAGAGACGGAAAGAUCCUCGUUGCAAAUUUCAGUGCACCAUGGUCGGCUCCUUGUAGAUCAAUAGCACGAGUCUACGGCGAACUUGCGGAUAAAUAUACUUCUCUCGUGUUCGUAACUGUCGAUGUCGGCGAACUUGCAGAAUUUAGUAAUUCAUGGGAUGUAAGUGUCAAUCCAACAUUCAUUGUCAUUAAAGAUGGAAGGCAAGUGGACAAAUUUGUGGGUGCUGACAAGGCAGAACUCAAGAAGAAGAUGGCAGCAGUUGCUGCCAGCAAGUUUUGACCACAUUUUCCAUUACACAACCGUGGUGUUUUGUCUGUUUUU